AUGGAUUGGCUCAGUUGGGUCAGUCAGUUGGGCUAUUCACAGCUUUGUGUUGUACUUGGUACCGUCUCAUUGCGCGGUAAGAAGGAUGGAGAAGGAGAGCUACAACUUUGGUUUCGUGCGAUGUUCAACGAUUGCCGCAUUUUAUAUACCAGUAGGAUAGCAGGGCAUGACGAGAUGGUAUGUGAGUUAUUGAUGUUUUUCCUCUUUCACUUCCGAGAUUGCACUGACAAAAUCAGCAAAAUCAAAACGUUAUCAACAGAGAAGUCGAAAUUUCAUUUCGUCCAAUACUGAAAACAAAUAGUACCAUGUGAGAGUACUGAUAGAGGGGUUUCGUCCAGGGGCUCAAGAGUUAGAACUAAAUUUUAUAGAUCCAUGACUCUAGGAGUGAAAGGGUUUUAAAUAUAUAAUUUAACAAUACAAUUAUAAUAAACUGGUUCAAGACUUCAGAGGUAGUGCAUCGUUUUAUUACUACAGCUCUGUUUCGUGUGGCCAAAAGAUGACCACACUCAUCGGGUAAUAUCAACGAUUGACCGUUAGAUUACAACAACUGGCAAAAAGGCGAAAAUAAGGUUGCUAUGAGAUAUAAAAACAGCGUUAUGUUAUCGUAUAAAUCAUGUGAUUGCUAUUUAUAAUUUGGAAGAUUGUGUUACUUUAUCAUAAAGUUCCGUGAGGAGGUAAGCCCCGGGAGGGAAGGGUUACUUCCUUAUAAGAGGUUAAUAGGAAUGUGCCGGUGGAUGGGGUCGCAUUUUCACAAGUGGACUGACUUUAGAGGGGUCGAAAUUUCAAUAGAGUUACUCGAAUGGGGUGGCACAUUUUCUAUAAUUGGUCACAGAAUAGACUAUAAUGGGGUAAGGGCUCUGAGAGGCCAGCGGCACAUAUCCAGCAAAAAUUUAGCCAAGUACCCCCCCCCCUGGUAUUAAGCGGACACCUUCGGCACCUUCCCAAGUGUCCGCUUUUUAUAGAGGUUUGUAAAAAUUGCGCAAUGUUUGUUAACGAUUAACAUUCAACGGUUACUCUGUACUGUAAUUAAGCCAUGUUGUUGAGGAAACUAAGGAAGCUGUGCUGUACUUUGCGCAACACUUAAGGUGAAUUUUGAUCGCGGAUGACGAUUAUACUGCCGGAUAUCGGUGUAAUAUGUAGUUAAUUGACCUCUAAAUGUAUUGAUUUAUCUCUAUUAAUCGACUACAGUACGUAUUUCAAGGAAGUAAAUCCAAUACUACCUCUCCUUACGUUUUUCAGUUUGUAAUUAUGCCUGAAACUACAAUGAAGGUCACCAAGGAUACAGUUACAAUUAAAGAGCUAAAAGACUGGUGGGGUCACGAAGGACAAACUGUUCAACUAAAAGAUGCUGAUCCAAAUGAGCUUCAGCUUUUUAUUGAAAAAAUGCCCGUCCCAAUCAAAGGUGAGAGUGUUCAAAGUAAUUUCCAAAAUUUUGUUUAAGUUUUGGUUUUGGAAUAAAGAGGUACAUGGUUGAACCUCUGUACAAAUGUAUGGAAACAGGCAGAUCUUUUUUUUUUUUUGGUUUUAGUCUUUAAAUAAAAAGACGAAUACGGGUUAAACUUACUGUAUUUAUGAAGGUUUAUAAAAACAGGUAGCUCAAGCUUAUGGCUAGAGUAGUUAGUUUGGUGUUUUUGAAUUGAGAAGCGUACGGUUAAACCCGUAUAUUUGUGUGGAUAGCUGGACUUAAAUAUUUAUAAUUGAUGAGUGAGAUAUCCAUAUUUAGUAUACAGCUAUUUCGAGAAAGGUUGUCGGAAAAAGUGCACGCUACAAUCCCGAAAGGUAUUGUGGGUGGCUUUAUGGGCACUUUUCUUCAAAGAAAUUUGAAAGAAUUAUACGGGAGGCCACGGACAUAUGUUUGCGAGUACUAAAAGAAAGCAACAAAAGUAGGUUCGACAGCUUCAAUCGUUACGAACAAUGUAUUGAUCAUAUCCCAUAUUACCUUUCGGGAUUGUCGCGCGCAUUUCUUCCGACAACCUUUCUCGAAACAGCUGUAUACUAAAACAGUGGAUAGUGUUUUUCGCGCGCUCUGAUUGGCUGACUCAAUCAGUGAAUAUUCUUCACUAUUUGCGUAAGUUGCGAGCAAAAUGUCUUCCCGGUUUGCUGCCGUAACAAACUAAGAAAUUUCACAACUAAUCAUGCAAGCUAUUCCCAAAAUAAAUGAAAAAGGUGACGAAGUUCGGUUUGGAAGUUUUAACAUUUAAAUCUUCGUCUUUUUUACUUAAAUUUAUCGAUAAAACCGGUGAAAAAGUUUUUUGUUUACAAAUGCAAAUUAAGCUUAAGUCUUGCGCUACUUAAUUUAGUUGACUUGUUCAUAAAUAAGCUUAAAACUAAAUUUAAUAAUCUUUUUUACAGAAUGAUUUUAAAUACAAAAAGAAUUCACAACUCCUUUUGAAGAAACUUCCCCGCAAGAGCUAUACAAACGCCUUCAAAAGUUUUAUUUGUCGCUAAGAAAAAGCGAUGACCGCGACCGUUCGGUCAUCGUGCGCCCAAAUUGUAAUCGUUGGCAACAGUAAAUGAGUUAAAAAUCAUCAUUUUUGUCCUCAAUUAUCUCACUGUUUUAGUAUAUACUAAAACAAUUAUUCAACUCAGUGUCGGUGGCUAGUAGAGGAAAUUUACCUCGCCGCUUUGCGGCCUCGUUAAAUACUCGUUACUAGCCACCUCCACUUCGGUGAAUAAUUGUUAUAUAACAAGACAGAAUAUUAACGCUUAUAAAUUUUGUCGACCGGGAAUCUUCGCGUCAAAACAUUGUCGCUGUUAACAGUGUCAAGAGGGGUAGACUACUAGAACAACAUUGAUCUUCUUUUUUAAAGCAACAAAGAAGAGCAUGAUAUCCGGCCGGCCCCUAUUCUAGUGAUUUGGAGUAAAAAAAAAUCAGAUCAUAUUUAAGACUAAAUGAAAGCUCUGAGUCAACUGCAUUAGUCUGUAAUUCACAAAUCGAUUGAUGAAAAUUGCUUCCACGCCUCAUUUUUCUCGCGCACUGGCGGUUCCGCCACCAAAAUUUCCCCUCAGAUCCUGAAUCGUCCUCAGUAGUUUUCUUAUCAAAAAUGUAGUUUACGUAAUAGAAAGUGCUUUGUACGGGGUUAUAUUCACGAGCUUGUUUGUGUCAAAACCCGAACGAGCCAGAUACGAGCGAGUGAGGGCUUUUGACACAAACAACUAGUGAAUAUGACCUUGUACAAAGCACUUUCUAAGACGUGAGCUGUUUAUUACACAUAUUAGGAGAGUUUUCACUGAAAUAGUGCUCUUAAUGUAACACAUAAGCUUAUUGCUAUUAAAAGAGCAAAUCACAAAUGCUGACAUGCAAAUGCAAAUUUAAUAGCAAUGGCAAAUCUCGCAGCACAUCCUUAGUCCUCAUCGUGCAGAACAGAAAAUGCACUUACAAAAGUUUAAUCUACAAUGAAGUUACAAAAGACAGACCUCAGCGAUGUGGGCUCGUACAGAGGAGUUCACGCUCAUAGUUGCAUCAUAGGUAAUCAGGGCAAGAUGGAGGGAAAUUCAAAGAUUUGUAUUGGAAUUCAAAGCCCGCUAAUUCUUCCUGAAUUCAUAUAUUUGAUGCUUGAUUUUCCCAUACAUUUUCUGUAAUUCCACAGUAUCAAAAUUACAGAAAAUUUAUAUGGAAAAAUUCAGGUUUUCUAAAAACUCAUCACGGAUGUCUUUGCACUCCAGAUUUAGUGUAUUGUUUUUUUGAACUCGUAAGUUACCCUUUUUAAAAGAAACAAAAGCUUAAUAUCCAAUGUAAACAAAUUAGGGCUUGGGAAAGAUCAUCUUGGAGGGAAAGAUAGAUGAGAAAAGGAGAGAGGAAGACUGAUAAAGUAGAGGGGAGGGGACAUGUCACUAACAGAAUUAGGAAUUAGGAAUUUUUUUCUCUUUCCUGAAGCUCUCUCAACAACCGCUGCAUAUUUUGUUCACGUUGUUGAAACUGCAUCAGUUGCCUUUGAGAAUUUUUCUCUCGUUCCUGAAGGUCUCUCAAGAUUGGCAGUUGGUAAAAACUGUUUCCGCUGCGCGGUAAAAGAUGCAACGUCCUAUGGGAUAAGCAGCUAGAGUAAAAAUGCGGGCGUGAUUUCAAUUUCGGACUGGAUCGUGUCGAAACGUUUUGAUAUCAAAUCGACUGAUUUAAGGUUCAUCUGAACGAAAAAAUGAGAGCUCGUUCAAAGAAGGGGCUAUUCUUGGACACACAUUUCAAUAUUUUGUGUGAGUUUACAAGCAAGCCAUAAUUAUUUAGUGACAAUCGGAGCGAAACGAAAUUCUGAUUUUCAUCUUCUUCAUCAGUAUCUCUUAAGCUUAUGUGUCGCUCAGUUUAAAGAGACGAACGCAGUACAUUUAAAAUUUUCUUUGAAGUCAAAAUUUUUAAUUUUUCUUUUUUAGGUUUCACUUAAUCGGGUUGCCCAUGUUACUUGGGUGAUUUUCAUGAUUGCCUUGUUUUAUAUUUGAUCAUGAAUUAUCUUUUUAGAAAAAAAACAAAAUCUACGCAAAGCAAAUUCGCCAAGGCGAACCUCAGAAAUAGAAAGUCAGUGGAGGGAUUUUCAGCGACGUGAGGAAAACUUCCAGAGACAGAAACGGGAGAUGCAGCAACGCGAGCAGGAUUUACAAAGGAAACUCAGAGUGGUUAAAGAACGGUAUCAGGACUCUCGAAGCCACCUAACGGAUACUGAGCAACAUGAACAAAAUAUGCAGCGGCUAUUAAGAGAGCUUCAGGAACGAGAAAAAAAUUCUCAAAGGCAACUGAUGGAGUUUCAACAACGUGAACAAAAUAUGCAGCGGUUGUUGAGAGAGCUUCAGGAAAGAGAAAAAAAUUCUCAAAGGCAGCUGAGGGAGUUUCAACAACGUGAAGAAAAUUCUCAGAGGCAGCUGACGGAGUUUCAAAAACGUGAAGAAAAUUCCCAGAGGCAGCUGGUGGAGUUGCAGCGACAACUGAGGGAGAUAGGACAGCAGUUGACCAAUUGCCGAGGACAAGUUUCUGAACUACAGUUAAGUCUUUCAACAGCACAGGAAACAAUAAAUCAAUUGCGGAACCAGGAAACACGUGACUGGGUUAUUCCCCGGGACGAAAUUCAAAUCACAGAGAAAUACCUUGGGAGGGGAGGAUGGGGAAUUGUCAAUGAGGGAACGUAUUGUGGCUGUACUGUAGCAGUGAAACAGAUCCAUGAGUUGAUUCUUUCUCCUCAUAAUAUAAACCUGUUUGAAAGAGAAAUGAAUAUCGCUUCUAAAUGCCGCCAUCCUCACUUACUACAGUUCAUCGGCGCCACCAAUGAUGAGGGAACUCCUCUGUUCGUGACCGAGCUGAUGGAGAAAACUUUGCGCACUUUAUUGGAGCACCGGCAACUCUCCGAGACAGAAAUAGCCGUCAUUUCUCUGGAUGUAGCACGUGCCCUGAACUACCUUCAUCGAAAGAAACCAGAGCCUAUCAUUCACCGUGACGUCAGCAGUGCGAAUGUGUUGCUAUGGCGAAAGGGUGACCAAUGGAGAGGCAAAGUGUCAGAUUAUGGCACUGCUAAUUUUAUACAGCAGACCAUGACAGUGGCUCCUGGAGCUAUGAUUUACAGCGCACCUGAAGCACUUACAUCAAACCAAACAGUCAAGGUAAGUUUAAGUGAAUAUUCAAGACUGUUUACUUACUAAAACUGUACAGCAAGGCUAACAGUGGCAGAAGUGAUAAGUGAUGUCCACUCCAUAAACAAUACAUAUGAAAUGACUGUAUCUUUGUGAGGAGUCUUUGUACCUUGUUCUGCACUUUUUUCACUCUUUUAUACAUAUCUUCUUCAUGGAUUUGGUCCACGUAAUUGGAUUCUUUAAUUUAUCCCUUCUUGUGUCUAAAGACAACAGUCACGGGAUAGCAAAAGUUAAUUAGUAUUUUUAGAAACAAAACAUUUAAGCCAAGAACGUACCAUGAUGCCUUUUAAGGAUCUUCUGUUUUCUAGGCUUUUCUUAUCCAUUUAUCGAUAUUCAUCUAUUUUGAAUUCUCGAGUUCCUCCCUCUCGUGUUACCUUAACUCCUUUUGUAAUCAGUACACAACUAAUAAGUAAUGUCAUGUAUUAUGAUUGCUUUUAGGUUGAUGUGUACAGCUUUGGUGUUCUUCUUUGUGAAAUGUGCAUCCGGGAACUUCCAGAUCCUAGUAAGCGUGAAGAACAAGUCGUGGUUGUAACGAGCGGUGUGUUUCGCGGCCUGGUACGGCGAUGCCUGCAUAGAGAUCCUGGGCCGAGACCAACCAUGCAGGAGAUAAUCGAUGAACUGAAAGAUGCCGAUGUGUCAUCUUAA